AUGGCUGCAAAGCAUAAGGUUGAUUCUGGUGAUUUGUAUAUGCCAAAGAGAAGCUCUCCACAGGACCUGCACACGGGGGUGACCAUGGAGACAUGUUCCGAAGAGCAAUAUUGGGAUCCCGUGCUGAACAUCUGCCUCCCCUGCAAAUCUAUCUGCAGCCAUCAGAUUCCACGUACCUGUGUAGCCUUCUGCAAGUCACUCAAUUACUGCAAGGAACAAGGCAGGUACUAUGACCAGCUCCUGAGGGACUGCAUCAGCUGCGCCUCCAUCUGUGGACAUCACCCCAAGCAAUGCACAUACUUCUGUGAGAACAAGUUCAGGAGCCAAGUGAACUUCCAACCAGAGCUCAAGAGACAGCAAACAGAAACCAGGUCAGACAACUUGGGACGGUACCAGGGAUCAGAGCACAGAGGCUUGGAGGCAGGUUCAGCACCCCCAGGGCUGAAGCUGAGCGCUGAUCAGGUGGCCCUAGUCUACAGCACGCUGGGGCUCUGCCUUGGUGCCAUCAUUUGCUGCUUUCUCCUGGCCAUGGCCUGCUUUCUCAAGAGAAGAGGAGACCAGUUCUCCUGCCAGCCCACCCAGGGGCCGUGUCAGACCCAGGCCAAGUCCUUCAAUGGUGAGCAUGAAAUAGGGAUCCUCGCCUUCUCACUGCUUGUGGGACAAGCCACCAGCCAUCCCUCUGUCCUGGUAUUGCUGCUGCUUCUAAAUGGAGCGUUUGGCCAGAUCUUCCUGGGGGAAGUCUGAGGCAAAUCUCUGCAGUUUUUUUUUUACCUGUGUUGUUGAAAUCAGGUUCAAACAUAAGGUGAGAAGAGAUGGGAGCACUGAGGAAGAGUGGGUGUAGGAUGAUGGCUAUCAGGCUGGCAGGAACCUGGGGGGUUUCUCAGGAUGUAGAGCUAAACCCUGGAGGAGGUGGUCUUCUUGGGGGUUUGGGAGCACAGGCAGAAUGUCAGCCAGGGUGUGAAAGCCUGCUCCUGCACAGGCUCCCCCAAGCAGAAGGAGAGCCGCCACUGGCAGCAAGCUGGGUGGAAGAGGGCAAGCCGGGUGCAAGGUCUGAGGGAGGGAUUGCAAUCUCGCAACAACCCACCACCGUGCAGAUUGUGUCUGGGAGGAGGAGGGAUCCUGACCAAGGUCAAUGCCCUCUCCCCUUCCCUCACAGAUCACUGGAUGGAAGCUGGAAGCGCGGGGGGCGGGCAGCCAGAGCCCGUGGAGACCUGCAGCUUCUGCUUCCCUGAGCGCAGGGCGCCAACCCAGGAGAGCGCAGACGCACCCCGGACCCCAGGCCCCACGCGCGCUGGGAGGUGCGGACGCUUGGGCUCAAAUAUGGCUACACGACCUGCGUAGGCCAUCCGGUGAGCAGCCUCCAAGUCACGUGCACGUCCACCCAGGAUGGAGGCCCGGCCACAUGAACCGUGGGUUGGGGGGAAUGGUGAGAGAGGAAGAGACAGAGAGAGACAGAGGGAAAGGGAGAAGCAGAGGGAGCGGGAGAGGUGAGAGG